AAAUGUUGCGGACUCGGUGUGAGCUGUGAAGAAGCGUGCAAGAUCCGCAAGAAGCAAAGAAAGCAACUUCAACUUCAAGUUCAAGUUCAAGCAAGACAAAUUGGGCUUCAGAGCUUGAAUCCACUGUCCGCUCUGGCAGCCGCCUUCUUACGGGGCCCUCGUUGGCCGUAUGAGCAGCCAUCCAUGGCUAUUGCAGCCUUUAUUCCUACAGCAAGCAGCACUUUUUGCUCAAGCGCUGGCCUGCACAUUGGUUCAACUAGCGCUUGGCCACACACAUGGUUUUCCCCCUUCCAAAGCUUUCCGUCUUUUCUUGCACCGUAUGGGACCAUCAAUAGAGAGAAGGAUGUAGUGGAGGAUCGGCUGCAGAAAGGGCGAAGCCGAACAGCCCCUGCAAGAAAGCCCACGGAGAUCUCAGCAGUUGGCAACCAAGUGGUUGCAGAGUUGGAAUUGCCACAACAAGUAGACUCGGCAAAUGCUCUUGAGCUACCACCAGCUAUUGAAUCCACCCCGCUUCUUCAUUCCUCAAAAGACAGCCAUCUGUCCACGACAACCUGUGCCAAGUCUGGCAGUAAUUCCCCAGCCCUGUUGGUUAACGGGUGUCAGCAUUCAGAACGACGCGUUGCCAGAAGGGGAAUGCUGUCAUUACUGGGGCUGGGAGCUGUAGGGGAAGCUGGAAAAGCUAUUGCUGGCCCGUUCAUUUUUGAUCCUCGAGCAGCCCUCUGCAGUGAUGGCCGCUUCAGUACCGAUGAGUCAGGGUGCAUCUUUGCCAAUCAGCGGCUCUUCUACCGCGCUGGACGAGAGAUCUAUAUAGAGCAGAGGUUUGGCCAGAAAGGGAGCCGCUCCACAGGCGCUGCCGUAUGGGAAGCCAAUCUAGUACUGACUAGGUAUAUGGAGACGCUCACGCCGUCGUACUGGAAGCGGAAACGGGUGAUCGAACUAGGCACGGGCACGGGUUUCGCCGCCAUCACCGCCGCCAUGCUGGGUGCUGCAGACGUGACUGCGACCGAUGGGGACGACAGGGUGCUGGAACUGGCUGCCAAGAACUUCGAAGCCAACGAGGCAGCUUUCGGAUCCGACUUGUCGACCUACUUGGCGCAGCUGCGAUGGGGGAGCAGUCGAGACGAACUUGAAGAGGCGGGGAUACGACCGACGUAUGACGUCAUUGUCGGCGCCGAUCUGACCUACUACAAGGACAACAUCUAUCCGCUCGUCGUCACGUUGGCCGAUCUCAGUUCUCCGGAUACCGACAUCUUCUUGGCGCACAAGCAGCGGCAGGAGGAGAACGAAACGUACUUGCACGAGCAGCUGGCGACCUUUUUCGACUGGGAGGAGAUUCGAGGAAACGAAAGGGGGCUAAGUUGGGGCAAAGAUCAUCCGAGCGUUGUGAUUCUACGGCUACGUAAGCGGUGACCUGUUGACUGAACUGCUUGAUCAGAUUGAUUGAUGCAAAUCGCAUGGAACAACGGAAGUUCGGACGUCUUGAAUUUAUAUCCUCUUAACAUGCUAUCAACAUG